UUACUACCCAUGUCCUAAUGAUAUCAGGAUAUGAUCCGCUUUCCCCUCAAAAAAGGAUAUGGUCAGAGCUUUCACAAAAGGUGUAAAAGACGCUCCAUUUUGGAGAAGGAUCGAGCUACAAUCCUACUGCGUACCGUCCUAUAUAUUACAGGUGUGAGUGGCAUCCUGCUGAGGAAGAAGUCACAAGCUUUCAGUGUCAAUUCGAGGCAGUAGAGCAGAGAUCGAUGCCAUGCAAGUCUCUCCUACUCAAUCAGACAUCGGUGCCCCAAACGGAAGCAGCAUCUUGGAAACCCCAGCACGCAUAGAACUGAUGGAAAUGGAACUCGCCGGAAGAGCCGACGCGGCCAGGGAUGAAUAUGUAGUGGACGUCGAGGACACCGCGCGUCCCCUGGCAGCCGCGGAAAAGCGGCAGUGGGCGGCGCACUGCAUCUACCGGGUGCCGGCGCGCAUAAAGAACCUGGAAGCCGGCCCAUACGCCUACACGCCCAACACCGUGUCCAUCGGCCCCUUCCACCAUGGCGAGCUGGAGCUGCUGCCCAUGGAGGGGCACAAGGACAGGGCGCUCCAGCACGUCUUGAGGCGAGCCGGCAAGAAGAAAGGAGACUUCAUUGCCGCCUUGCAGGAGGUGGCCGGGGAGCUGGAGAACGCGUACGUGGAUCUCGGCCAGGACUGGCGACAUGAUAGAGGCCGCUUCUUGGAGGUGAUGGUCACGGACGGGUGCUUCCUGCUGGAGAUAAUGAGGACGGCCGCGGGGGAGAACGUCCAGGACUACGAUGACAAUGAUCCCAUAUUCGGCCCGCAUGGCCAACAGUAUACUGUACCGUGCAUUCGUGAGGACAUGCACAAGAUCGAGAACCAGUUGCCGCUUCUGGUGCUCAAGAGGAUCAUCGAUGUUGAGCCUGAAAAUAUGUCGGACACUGAGCUCAACAUGAUGGUGCUGAAAUUCAUGUCCUCGUCGGACAGCUUCCCGACAAAGGCGGCUGGCAAAAAACUGGGACUCCACCCCCUCGACAUUUUCCGUCAGAGCAGGCUCAUCCACUCGUACAUGGAAGUAGAGCCGCGGAGUUUGGACAUCGAAUACUCUACGCCAGAAUCCAACGACGGUGUUAGCUCUCGGUUCUCAACAGUGAAGCUUUACAAGGCCGGGAUCAAGUUCGCCAAGAGCAGUCCGCGCAUCCUCGAAAAUAUCAAGUUCGACCCUAAGAGGGGCUUGCUGACUAUACCAUAUCUGGAGGUGUACGACACCACCGAGAACAUGUUCCUCAACAUGAUGGCAUUUGAGUAUCUUCACGUCACCGCCACCUAUGGCGUAACGAGGUAUGUGCUGUUCAUGGAGGAGAUCGUCAAAUCGGCCAAGGACGUGAAGCGGCUACGCAAAGAGGGGGUGGUCCGUAACAACAUCGGGCCAGACGAGGAGGUGGCGAGGAUGUUCAACAGGCUCACCAAAAACGUCAUCGACGACCCCCUCGACGAUGUUCUCAAGCAGAUGGAUGACUACCUCGGCCACCUCCUCCGUCGGCAGAUCAACAAGUGUUGGGUCCACUUCGUGCGCACAUACUUCCAUAAACCAUUGAGGACCUUCUCCCUCCUUGCCGCCAUCGUGCUCCUCAUGCUCACUGUCGUCCAGACCGUCUGCGCCAUCAUGUCUGUUCAUUAGGCAAGGAUAAAAUUUGAAUUCUCUUUGAGACUGAUUAGCCCCUUCAUGUGAAGGUGCCUUAUGUUAUUUUAUCCUUGCCAUCCAUUAAUUUCUAUGCAUUAUCAUUUUCAUUUAGUGUCGACAAUCAGCGUCGCUUAUUCAGGUUCGCUAUUUGAGCUGGACCAGGUUUUGUAAGCCAGAAACGUGCAUGUUCACGUUGUGCCAAAUUGGGGGAGUGCGUGUGUUUGUGAUUGGCCACGAGGGAUGGCGCGUGAUGUAAGGAUCAUGGGCGAUCUUUUUACUUAGUCUGUUGGGGACGACCCUGUCCUGAAUAAGAGAACGAAGCAUAGAAAAGAUGCA